AUGAAGGAGCCCGACGCCAUCAAACUCUUCGUGGGGCAGAUCCCGCGGCACCUGGAGGAGAAGGACCUGAAGCCCAUUUUCGAGCAGUUUGGGAAGAUCUACGAGCUGACGGUCAUCAAGGACAAAUACACCGGGAUGCACAAAGGAUGCGCCUUCCUCACCUACUGUGCCCGCGAGUCGGCCCUGAAGGCGCAGAGUGCCCUCCACGAGCAGAAAACGCUGCCGGGGGAUGGGGAGAGGGAUGAGGAUGGGAAUGGAGAUAAGGAUGGGGACAGUCAGGGCUGCGCCUUCGUCAAGUUCCAGAGCCAUGCAGAGGCCCAGGCUGCCAUCGCUGCCCUCCAUGGGAGCCGCACUCUGCCGGGCGCCUCAUCCAGCCUGGUGGUGAAGUUUGCGGACACGGAGAAGGAGCGAGGUCUGCGGAGGAUGCAGCAGGUGGCGAGCCAGCUUGGCAUGUUCAGCCCCAUAGCACUCCAGUUCGGGGCCUACAGUGCCUACACACAGGCGCUGAUGCAGCAGCAGGCGGCCCUGGUGGCCGCCCACUCGGCCUACCUCAGCCCCAUGGCCACCAUGGCCGUCCAGAUGCAGCAUAUGGGCACAGUCAACCCCAACGGGCUCAUUGCCACCCCUCUGCCCCCGUCCUCAGGAACCAGCACGCCGCCGGCCAUGGCUGCCACACCAGUCCCCGCCAUCGCAGCCCCAUUGAGUGUCAACGGGUACAGCCCGGUGCCCGCGCAGCCUGCGGGGCCGCCCGCCCCUGAGGCCGUCUACGCCGGAGGGGUCCCCCCAUUCCCAGCCCAGAGCCCCGCCGCCCCUGCGGAUCCCCUGCAGCAGGCAUACGCUGGCAUGCAGCACUACACAGCCGCCUACCCUGCCGCCUAUGGGCUGGUGAGCCCA